CUGACCAGAAGUCAAAGCCUGUUGACCAUGGCGGAACCAAUGAUGGGUGCAAAGUGCGCAAUCCAGUUUUAAAUUCUACGUCAUUGGUUUGCUCUAAAUUUGAAAUAUAGUAUCUGAAUCUGAAAAAAAAGAAAACUAAAACAUCGCUUGUAACAUCACAUGUACGUGCCCACACACAACGUAACAAAGAAAGACGGAGAUGUUACGUGAUUAUAUGAUUCACUCUUAACUAAAAAUAUAAUAAAAUAAUCGGGAAACAACAAUAAAUAAAAUAUAAUAAUUCUCAAUUUGGACUAUAAAAAUUUACCAGCAAUCCCAAAAAGGAAAAACAAAACGUUUGUUCACCAGGUGUGAAUAGUUUUCACCCGGAAACAGUAUUAGGCGCAUCCGCCGUUUUGUAUCUCGCAAGUGUAACAAACAUGGAUGCACUCGACCACGGUACAAAGAAGAAAAAGGCGAUUCUGAAAUUAAGCGUCGACGCGGAUGAUGAAUCCCACUCGGGGAUGAAGGCGAAGGGCGACGUCGACCACAACACCAAUGUGGCCAACCAUUACAACCGGCUCCAAGAAGUCGGACUGGCCGCGCGUAGCCAAAGCCGCAUCUUCUUCAUGCGGAACUUCAACAACUGGAUGAAAAGCGUCCUCAUCGGCGAGACUCUGGAGAAGGUGCGCGACGCCGGCCACCAGCACAUCUCUGUGCUCGACCUGGGCUGCGGCAAGGGCGGAGACCUGCUCAAGUGGCGCAAGGGCGGCAUCGGCCAUCUGGUGUGCGCCGACAUCGCCGGCGUGUCCGUGGAGCAGUGCCGCAGCCGCUACGAGUGCAUGCGGAAGACGAGCCACCGAGACAAAGGCGUGUUCAGCGCACAGUUCAUCACGGCCGACUGCACCAAAGAGCCGCUGGCCGAAAAGUUUGACCGGCCCGGCCUGACGUUCGAUAUUUGCAGCUGCCAGUUCGUGUACCACUACUCAUUUGAGAGCGAGGCCAAGGCCAACAUGAUGCUGAAAAACGCCUGCGAGUCCCUCAAGCCCGGCGGAUACUUCAUUGGGACCACGCCUGAUGCCUACGAGCUGGUCAAGAGGCUGGAGGCGUCUGAUUCACUCUCCUUCGGCAACGAUGUGUUCCAGGUGUCCUUCCAGGCCCGGGGUGACUAUCCGCUCUUCGGAUGCCAGUACCACUUCAACCUGGACCAGGUGGUGGACGUCCCCGAGUUCCUGGUCUACUUCCCACUGUUUGAACACAUGGCGUCACGCUACGGGAUGCGCCUGCUGACCAAGCAGCGCUUCUCAGAGUUCUUCCAUGAGAAGGUCAAGGUGAACCAUCACCGCAGCCUCAUGAAGAAGAUGGCGUCACUGGAGGAGUUCCCAGGCGAGCACGGCGGGCAGCCGGUCUCCGAAGACGAGUACCGGCACGCUCGGGAGCACUGCGACCGGGCGGGCAAUGCUGGGAGCCCUUUAGGUACACUCAGCAGGUCUGAGUGGGAAGCGGCCAGCAUCUACCUGGUGUUUGUCUUCCAAAAGAUGUCCUGAUGGGAAGUACAACUCCCAGAAUGCACUGCAAACAACUGAUCAUUCAGAAUCCCAGACAUGAUGCGAGGGGGUGGGGGGGGGGGGAAUAUAACCUCCACCAUGUAAUGUCAGGAGUUCACCCAAUUAAAGCCCAAGACAUGACAUAAAAAAAAAGUGUCCAAAAUAAAGACAUGACACAUAAUACAAAACUUUGGCCAGAAAAUGCUAAUUUCAGCCCUUGUAUUGGGUCAAAUGUGUAUGAAAUGCUGCAGCCUUUUCCCCACAAAAUGGUAACGCGAAUAUGAAAUGGUCAUUUUUGGGCAGAAAACACCAACACAGCUAUGGUUAUGAAAUGCCCAUUUGUAGCCACAAAAAAAAGCCAUAAUGUGCUAAUGUGAUGGCAUGUUUUCAAUAUAAAGUGUGCAAAAUGCUAAUUUGUGGCCCCCAUUUUUUCAUUUUAUUUUUUCAUUUCGGCGUGUCCCGUUUGACUGUUAUAUCCAGCAGAAUGGAGAAUCCGCCUCCCCUAUAUGUCAGAACAGUUUUACUGUCACAGUGGAGUUUUUGAGCUUCCUCUGUGAUUUCUUUGUGCUUUAGUUGAGGUUUUAUUGCGGAUAAGAGGCGCGAGACCCUGUGAAUGAAGAAUAGGACAAGAUGGGACAGGAGAAGCAUGAAUAUAUCUGGGCUUGAGUUCCGUACAGGUGCAUCCCAACAAAUUAGAAUACUGAAUGUACGUGUGGUGAUAGUAUUUGAGCAUUGGAAUUCCAAAAGUGAAACUCAUAGAUUAUAUGGAAGGCCAAUUCCAACCUCAUUUCUAUCUUAAUAUCUUUUUAACUUUCUUGGUUCUUGGAGAUGGUCAAAUUGGGGUUUUUGUAAUAAGUCAUAUUACAGUGACCUAUGUGUCGUGAAUGUAUAUAAUUAGUUUUUGUUUUGAAUUACAGAAGUUAAGUAAUUGUAAUUUAUGAACACAAAGUAUAAAAUGUUGGUCACAAAUUAAGUAUAAUGUGCAAAAUGGACAUUUGUGGCUACAAAGUUUCUAUCAUGCGUACUACAUUCAAACAAUAUUAUUUCUGGACAGCAGGUAAGCAAAUGGACUGCAUGUUUUUUGUUAAACCCUCUACGGACAAGUGUUGAGAAUAAGCACUCGCUCUUGAUGUCUCAAAUUUUAUCUACCUUGUCUCAAACCUUUUUGACAUUUGACUUCAUUCGCCCACCCAGACAUCAAAAUUGAUCCUGGCGAGGACUUUAAAAACAUAACUUAGUAUUUUGUGCAUAUAGCUACACUCAACACCCCCCCCCCCCCCAUGUAAUGUCAGGGAUCAGUGACCCAAGCACACCUUUUCUUUUUGUCAUUUCACUCAUUCCUGCUGCUUUGAGAAACCUCCUGUAUACAUUAGUUUCAAAGACAGGACAAUCUUCAAGGAAAACAUUAUUGGAAAAGUGACUGUAAGUUUCUGUAAACAAAUAGUUGAAACUGUAGAGCAUCCGUUGUAAAGUGGCAGAACCGAGUAAAUGUUUUGUUUCCCAAAAGAGUGAGACUGUUUUUUUCCUUUUUUUAAUUAUUUUGUUGGCGCAAUUUUACCAAGGUGCAUAAUCCCACAUAAUUUCUCAUGAUUUGGCAGCUUGGCUGUAUGAAGGUCUGCCGUUUUCAAGCCAUUGUCAGGCAACACUGGCUGAAACACAAUCUUGGCCAAACCCAUCACAAAAUUGAGUACUAUGGGAA